AUCCGUUAACGUGAGACCCAACCGGUUCUGUGCUCUCUCUCUCCCCCCUCUCCCCGACCCCCCAACUCCCGACAACAACAGCCAUGCCUCUCCCCGUCCCCUCCAAGACCUUCACGCGCGACGAGGUUGCGAAGCACAACACCGAGGACAGCACGUGGUUCGUCAUCGACACCGUCGUCUACGAUGUCUCGGACUUCCUAGACGCCCACCCGGGCGGCGAGGCCGUGCUGCGCCAGGUCGCCGGCCAGGACGCCACCGUGGCCUUCUACAACCUGCACCGGCACGAGGUGCUGCAGAAGUACGCCAACCUGGCCAUCGGCACCAUCGCGGGCGAGCAGCAGUCCAUCAUCACCCCGCAGCCGGGCGACCUCUCGCCCGUGCCCUACGCCGAGCCGCUGUGGCUCACCCCGCAGUUCCGGUCGCCCUACUUCAACGACAGCCACCGCCGCCUGCAGCGCGCCAUGCGCGAGUUCACCGACCGCUACAUCGCCCCCGAGGCCCUCGAGAAGGAGCGGUCCGGCGAGUUCGUCAGCCAGGAGCUGAUCGAGCGCAUGUCCAAGGCCGGCGUGCUGCACAUGCGCAUGGGGCCGGGCAAGCACCUGCACGGCGUGCGCCUGCUGGACGGCGCCGUCGACGGCCGCGAGUUCGACUACUUCCACGACAUGAUCUGCGCCCAGGAGCAGGCGCGCGCCGCCUGCCGCGGCUUCCAGGACGGCAACAUGGCCGGCAUGGUCAUCGGCCUGACCUGCAUCCUCAACUUCUGCCCGAACGCGGAGCUCCAGCGGCGCGUCACCGACGACGUCCUGUCGGGCCGCAAGAAGAUCUGCCUGGCCAUCACCGAGGCCUUCGCCGGCUCCGACGUGGCCGGCCUGCGCACCACCGCCACCAAGACCCCGGACGGCAAGCACUACAUCGUCAACGGCACCAAGAAGUGGAUCACCAACGGCGUCUUCGCCGACUACUUCGUCGCCGGCGUCAACACGGGCAAGGGCCUGAGCGUGCUGCUGAUCGAGCGCGCCGCCGGCGGCGUCGAGACCAAGCCGAUCAAGACGUCGUACUCGCCGACGGCCGGCACGGCCUACGUCACCUUCGACAACGUCAAGGUGCCCGCGAGCCACCUGCUGGGCGAGGAGAACAAGGGCAUCUACGUGAUCCUGUCCAACUUCAACCACGAGCGGUGGGCGAUGGCGUGCGGCACGAUCCGGCUGAUGCGGCUGGUGGUGGAGGAAUCGCUCAAGUGGGCGCACCAGCGGCGGGUCUUCGGCAAGCGGCUGAUCGACCAGCCGGUGGUGCGGCAGAAGCUGGCCAAGAUGAUCGCGCUGUGCGAGGCGCACCAGGCCUGGCUGGAGAGCGUGACGUACCAGAUGUGCCACAUGCCGUACGCGCAGCAGGCGCGGCACCUGGGCGGGCCGAUCGCGCUGCUCAAGAUGAGCGCGACCCGCGCGGCGCACGAGAUAGCCGACGAGGCCGUGCAGAUCUGGGGCGGCCGCGCGCUGACCCAGACCGGCAUGGGCCGCGUCAUCGAGAACUUCAACCGCACCAACAAGUUCGACGCCAUCCUCGGCGGCGCCGAGGAGGUCCUGGCCGACCUGGGCGUCAGGCAGGCCAUGAAGUUCAUGCCCAAGGCGGUGCUGUAGCGGACGUUCCGUGUACGUUGUACAUGUACCAUGAUGUAGAACUUACAUGUAUUUACUUCCGUUUUGGUUCCUGGCGGGGUGGGCAUUGGGUGCGGCGGCAGCAUUUUUACACUCGGAUGAAUCUUGGUAAGUCAUAACUCGAGCGGUCGACGCAUCGUCUACUGCGUCAGUGGCAUAAGUAGGAAUUUUUCA